CAAUCACUUAGCUUCUCAAACAAGAAGAAGAAGAAAAUGGCCUGCACCGUAGAUUUACGGUGCCUCGACGAAGGAUUCGGCGGUAAAACCUUCAAACGUAAGUGCGAAUCUCAAGAGCAAGCCUCCGCCGAAGCCUCCAUGGACAUCGAUUCGAUCCAACCUCCUUCGGCGAAACGCAGCGCCGUCGCUUCCUCGGAAGAUCCAGACAAGCCUGUAUCCGUCGUCGCGAUCGAGAGACCGAGUUACGACGGCGUGAUCUCCGGGAAAGUCUCCGGACGGCCGUGGAAGCUGCCGCGAGCUCACAGAGCGUCGGGGAGGUUCGUGAGGAACAAGGGGCCGGAUCUGGAGGAGAUGAAGAGGGGGAGGGAGAUCAAGCGAGCGUAUAGGGAGAGGAUGAGUGAGCUCAAGGAGGAGAUUAGGAGUAAUAAGGUGGAGAAGAGGAAGAAGAAGGAGGAGAGGGAGAAGAGGAAGCAGGAGAAUGUUUUGAGGACGGGGACCAAGUUGCAGAAGAUUACGAACCCUAAGACGUUGAAGAAGAUUGCAAAGUCUAAGCAGAGGAAGCAUCUUAAAGUUAUUCCUGAUGAGAUGAUGAGUGGGAACAAGUAGAGUGUCAAGACUUGACUGUUUUUUUUUGUAUUUUGUAUUUUUUCGUGACGUUUAGUCAAAUGUUCUUACUUAGUGAGAUUUUGCUUCUACAGGAAACAAACUGUCUUUGUUAUACAAUGAGGUUUAUAGUAUACUUCCUCUGUUUCAUAAUAGAUGAAAUUUUUGUUCUUUGCAUCCAUAUUAAGAAAUUGCAUUUUAUAAACAAAAAAUCUUUGAAAUAUAAUUUAAAACUAAUUUAUUUAAUUAUAAACAAAAAUAGUAAAAACACAAUUGGCUACACAAUUUUAACCUAGAUAUGUGAAAACAUCCUCUAUUAUGAAACAACAACAAUUAUCUAAAACAUCAUAUAUAUUGAAACGGAGGGAUUAUUAAUUUAGUGAUGAAGUUAAGACCUUUACAAUAAACAAAAAGGUUUGAAAGUUUUGAGAUGGCAGAUAGUUUUGAUUUUGAUUGUCCAUCGUUACUUCGUUUUGUGGUUUCUUUCCGAGGGCAGUUCUUACAAUGGUUGGAUCCUGUGAGUUUAUUCGUGUUUUUUUUUUUGUUUCUCCUUGUCUGAAUUGCGGCUGUUUUAGCUGUUGUAACUUUUUGUACAUAAGCGUGUUAGUUAUGAAAAGCUUUACCUUUCUGUCUUGAGGAAGUGAAAUAGUCAAUCCUCUGUAUUUGUUCUCUCAGCUACUCUUGUUUGAAUUGCGGUUUGUUUUUAGCUCUUGUUACUUUUAUCUUACUUUUGUAAGUCACUUAAACUGUUCGUGAUCUUACCGAACACAUAAGCUAAUUUGCGACCAGAAUGUCAACGAUAGAAACUUUUGCAAGUUUGUGUUGCAGUAAUUCAGAUUUAUGAUCAGUUUGUGACCCAAGGUACAAGUAAUUCAAAGCAUGUAACUUGCUGCUGGUGAAUUUGCUGACGCGGAUAUCAUUGUCCGAAAUUCUUCAAGUCUCUAUGACGUCAGCAAAUCUAGGAUUGGUCUAGAGUUAAAAAAAUCAUUUUUGCUACUAUAUUAGGUGAGACAAUUACUCAUGGGAUCUUCUAUUCGACUAUAGGUAGUUGGGUUAUUAUCUCAUUUGGUGAGAGUUGGUCGUAUAAACUUAACUCUUUUUUUUUAAUACACAUUUAAUAUAGGAAAAUUGCACCCUAUAUACAUGAAAAAAAACAAAUACACUAAUUAACCAAAAUCCCCCCCUCUCUCAUACUUUCUCUUCCUAUAUCUCUCUACUCUCUCUCCCAAAAUCUAAUUUUUCUUUUUUUUUGUUUAUUUGGCAAAUAAGCCCAAUAUAUAUAUAACAAUCACUUUUCAGAAAAUUCAAUAUUUAUUGAACGAAAAUGUAAAAAUAAAUAAAUUAAGAGAAAACAAAAAUUUAAGACAACAUAGAGAAUUGAAAAAAUAGAACCAUUGAGAAAAUAAAAGAGAAUUAUUACACGUGACUUUGGUUAGUUGUACAAGCUAAACUCUUUCUUAUAAAAUCUUUUAGACCCAUCAUUUUUUUUCAGAAACUUCUAUAUUAAAAUUUAAAAUGAAAAUAUUAAAUGUAAAAAAAAGAAUGUAAAGAAUAU